AUGGGGGCUGCCACCAGCGUGAGGGAAAAGCGGGACACCAGGCCGGAAAGCGGCGAGGCGAAGGGCCGCGCUCCGAGGGUAAGGCGGCUCCCAGCGAGCCCAAGGCCAGGAAACAAUGGCGCAAGCGUGACGUGGGGCCGGGGGCGUCGCCACGGCGCGGAGCAAGGGGCUGCUCCGAGGCCGGGGCGACCUGGGGCUGGAGGCGUGCGGGGUCCGCGGGCUCUCAGGCGGGCGCCCGGACGAGCGCGGCCUGAGGGGCGUAGCGGCCGGGUAGGGCCGGGGCGGGGGCAGGCGGGGGGCCCUGGCCCAGGUCGCGCGCUCUGCCGCGCACCCUCCCUCGCUCCCUUGCCCGCCCGCUCCUUCCCCUCCCGCCCACGAGUCCCGCCGCACUCACCGGCCCCACCGCACGGCAGCAAACCCAGAGCGCAACUGCCGCAGCCGCCCGGGCGCGCGCCCUCCCAGCCCCCGCCGCCCCGGCACCGCCCCCGGCUCGCGCCCGGCCAGGGACCAGCGCGCUGUUCCGUCCCCCAGCUCCGCCGCAGAACCCGGCCUCCGCGACGCUCCCUGGCCGCGCUGCGGGAGUGGAACCGCGAGGCGGGCCUGCGUCCCGGUCCCUUGCCUGGGUCUGGGGAUCUUCAAACCACAGAACGUUGCCCGCUGCUGAGCUGUGGGGUGACGCACGUUGACAACCCUUCCAUGUCCUUUAGGUCUCCAUCCCUGGGCCUUCUGCAGGGCCCUGGACUACCUCACUUACACUCCGACGCUUUCUCUUAG